AUGUUUGAUAUAAGUGUUCAUCUGAGUCAGUUGAAACUUUGGUAUAAGAUGUAUAUUCCAGAUAUUGUUCUACACAACAUUCCACAUGCUGGUGAAAAUGUGAUUGAUGUAUCCCUCCUAUAUGGGCCUAGAAGAAAUCAUCAUCUCAUUCAAAUGGGCUUUGAUGAGGAGACCCAAGAAACCAAUAUGGGAAAUCAGGAUGGUGAUAAAUAUGUGCCAUACAUCUUGUUGUACAUGUUGACAGAGUCUCAAAUGCAUAAGAAAAAUGACGAUCAUGUCCAUGAAGAUGUUGAGGUUGAUAUUGUUCUAGCCAAUAAUGAUGUUAUUAAUAACCAUGAUCAUGUAGUAGAAGAUUUGGAGACAAUGUGUGAAGAUGUGAUAAAUGUUAUUGUCAACAGUGAAGAUUUUGAUCUCAUUGGUCUUAAUGUGGAUCUAGUUGUUACUGAAAAAUCAAGAAACACUAUGCUAUCUACUAAAGAAGAUGGAAGUUUUUAUGAUACUGAAACUUUUAAUCGUAUUGCCCAUAUUGGAGCCAUCAUAUUUAUACCAAGUUUUAAUUACGCCACUGACAAGGACGGUGUCAUUAAGAAGGGUGAUUAUGAGGAAGUUGAAAAAUCUCCUUUUGCUAAUAUAAUGAAAAGAAUAAGGGAGAAUUUAACCAAGCCUCUUGACAAGGUUAAUCAAGAAAAUGAUCAUGUGGUGAUUAAUGUGAGUGACAAUAUUCAUUAUUUUGUUAAUGAUAUUGUCAGUAUUGAUGAGGGUUUUACCCUUAUGAACAAUGAAGUUCAUGAUGAGCCUGAACCAGUCAAUGAAGGUGUUACUAAAGAUGUUGAUUUGUGUAAAAGGAAAGACAAGAAGUCAAAGAUAAUAGUUGAUGGGAACAGGAUUCCCACAAAUGUUUCUUUUUUUUCCUUAUACAAGGUGUCUUUCCAUUAUGAGGAAAUUGUGUUGAAGUAG